CCCGUGCGCGUGCGCGUGCGCCCGUCCGUCACGAGUUGCCGCUGCUGCUGCGGUAGCCGCCCGCCCGUCCGCCCGCCGCGCCCCCCGCGCCCCCCGCGAUGCUGGCCCUGCGCCGCGCCCCCCGCCUGCUGCGCCUGCUCCCGGCCCGCACCUGCGGCGCCCGCGCGGCCUCGGCGCCCGGGAACCCGCUGGUCUACCUGGACGUGGGCGCCGACGGGCAGCCGCUCGGCCGCGUGGUGCUGGAGCUGAAGGCCGAUGUGGUCCCGAAGACGGCAGAGAACUUCCGAGCCCUGUGCACGGGCGAGAAGGGCUUCGGCUACAAGGGCUCCACCUUCCACCGGGUCAUCCCGUCCUUCAUGUGCCAGGCCGGAGACUUCACCAACCACAACGGCACUGGGGGCAAGUCCAUCUACGGAAGCCGCUUCCCCGAUGAGAACUUCAAGCUCAAGCACGAGGGCCCAGGUGUCCUGUCCAUGGCAAACGCGGGCCCCAACACCAACGGCUCCCAGUUCUUCAUCUGCACCAUCAAGACAGACUGGCUGGACGGCAAGCACGUCGUGUUCGGGCAUGUCAAGGAGGGGAUGGAGGUCGUGCGGAAGAUAGAGGCUCUGGGCUCCAAGAGUGGGAAGCCGUCCAAGAAGAUCGUCAUCACAGACUGUGGCGAGCUGAGCUGACCGUGGCCCAGCGCUGCAGGCCACACGGCACACGCGAGUGACUCACCUGGUGACUGUCCCGGCCGCCCAUCCCGGCAUCCUGGGCACCUCCUCAGUGUGCCCAGAAGCGCCCACAGGAACACGCCCCUGCUUGGCCCGUGGCUGGGCUCCAGCGGUCAGUCGUGGCCGACUGGUCACCUGCUUAGCGGGCAGAGCUGCGGGCAGUGCGCGCUCAGCUGUGCGCGGGCGCUGGCUGGGGCGGGCUCGGCCUUUUCUGUGGCUGCAAGGGGAAGCCGGUGUGGCCCGGGCUGCCUUCACGGCAGUUUCCGUGGCAGGGUCCAUGCAGCCAGGAGCUGAGGCCCCGACUGUGAAUCUGUCGCUGUGAGCCCAGGGCUGCUGUGCAUUUCCUGGCAUGCUGGCAUUGUUUUUGUUUUGAUAAAAUUGAUUCACUGAUUACACAUAUAUCCGUACGUAUGUACACCCAUACCUAUGUGUAUAUGCUGCCCUGUGGAGCAGUAACUGCCCGCCUACAAUGUGAAAUAAAUCUAUUUUCUGU